UUCCUUCUCUUUCUCCAUUCGACUCUUCUCUUGUUGUUUGCUAGGGUUUCUCUGCCCUUCCGUUGAUCUCCUCUCGCUCUUCUCCCUCGAUCGUAUUUUUGGAUCGAUCUAUCAUUUUCUUUUCUGCUGUUCUUUGAGGUUUCGCCGCGUUGAAUCCAUGGAAAAGGAGCUCCUUGACACUUUCGCGGCCGUCAAAAAGGCGGCCGAUGCUGCCGCUGGCGAUGGUAGCCCCGCUGCGGCCGAUCGCUGUGUCGAUGCGCUUAAUGAGCUUAGAAGGAUUCCUGUUACCAUGAAGGAUCUCGUGAACACGCAGGUUGGCAAACGCCUUCGUGCUCUCAAAAAACAUCCGAAUGCAAGGAUUCAAGCUGUUGCUACUGAUGUAUUGGAGUACUGGAAAACCAAAGUUAUUGAAGAAUCAAGUGAUAAGAAACUUGGUGUUUCAGAUAAUAAGAAUGAUUCAAGAACUGAAGCCAAGCCUGAAAGAUCAGAGCAGAGGAAGGAUGUGAAGACUUCAAAUGCUGCAACCGUGAAAGCUGAUAUGUCUUCAAAAUCAGAAGGUAAGGCAGAAAAGACUACAAAGCCGGGGCCUAUUAAAACCGAGAAGAAUGCCAGGAGCGCAGUUGAACAAGCAAAUGAUGGUGAAAGAACACCGAUUGGUGAGAAACAUGCUUCUGUUGCAAAGAAGCCGUUACCAUCCACUGUUGAACCUCCGAGGCUCACGAAGAUGAUCAAAUGCAAUGACCCUCAGCGUGAUAAGGUUCGGGAUCUUCUGGCCCAGUCGUUUGCAAAAGUUUCUGACGAGACCACCAAGAGCAAUCGGGAGGAAGUGAGAAACAUUCUGGAUGAAGUAGAUGCUUGUGAUCCCAUCCGUGUAGCGGUUACAGUAGAGUCUGUGUUGUUUGAAAAGUUGGGCCACUUCAACGGCGCCCAGAGAGUGAAACUUCGAUCUAUAAUGUUCAAUCUGAGGGAUGAUAAAAACCCUGAUCUGAGAAGAAGAGUUCUCAUCGGCGAUGUUAAACCAGAGAGACUGAUUGAUAUGCCAGCUGAAGAGAUGGCCAGUGAUGAGCGGAAACUCUCGAACAAACAGAUCAAAGAGAAGGCUUUGUUCGAAUGUGAGCGUGCAGGAGCUCCAAAAGCUUCAACUGAUCAGUUUAAAUGCGGUCGCUGCGGGCAGAGGCAGACAACAUACUAUCAAUUACAAACUCGGAGUGCAGAUGAACCCAUGACAACCUUUGUUACCUGUGUGAACUGCAAUAAUCAUUGGAAGUUCUGUUAAUUGCUCUUUUGACAGGGUAGGUAGCAAUCUUCUUUAUUGGGUAUUUUCUUUCUUUUUUUUUCUUGCUCUUUUUGUUAGAAAUUCAGAUUUAUGAACUAGUUUUUGUUGUAAUUCCCUUUGCUCCUUGUGGACAAACAGUUGGAGGAUUUAAUUGGAAGUCAAAUUUAAGAU